AAACGUUCGUCUGGACUUGCAUACAGUGUUUGUGAUUUUAUUGUAGUUUAGCAAAGACGGGAAGUAAAAUUUACGAUAUUUAGUUGAUAAGUUAGGGAUUAUAAAAUCUUAUAUUAUCAGUUAGAUAAUUUACAAGCGAGUCAUUUUAACUUGCAUAAAACUUCAGAAAGAAAAUUAAAUAUGAAUAAUUUGGUACCGCUAGUACUAGCCUUUAGUUGUGCAAUUUCUGAAAGGGCAGAUUCAGUGCUGGGAAAGCUCAGUUUUGAUGAACAUUUGGUAAAGGACCUUAUUUCUAAAAACACAAAGCUGACGGAAAAAGUUGCCAACCUUGAAUCGGACUUGCGUUCACUCAAAGAGAUUCUACAAUCGCAGGAGAAAGCUAAAAAAAAUUUGGAGCUUAGUAUUUUGAAUCUUAGACAAAAUUUUGAUGAUUUAUACAAACGAUUGCAAUUAGAAUCGAAGUAUGUUGGGUCAGACGCUGCACAAGUUGAAAGUGAAUCAGAGGGAAAGAGGAAAGAAGAAAUGUCACUGGUUGCUGAUGGAUACAAACCUGUAACCACCCACAAAACAUCUGAGAAAGACAGAGUUAAAAGGCAAGAAGAUGAACAUGUUGCAUUCUCUGCCUAUGUGAACCAUGAAGUCCUGGCUAUGGGCAAAGACCAGACAGUGCAAUUUCAGAACGUUAUUAUAAACGACGGAAAAGGCUAUAACAAAUUUACUGGCGUAUUUACAGUUCCGAGAGAUGGGGUUUACCAGCUAACAUUUUUCGUGGAAGAUUACCAUAGGUUUCAGUCGAUAUUCCAUAUGGUUGUGAACAGAAAUAUUGUAACCAGUGCGAUUGCUGAUCCAAUACCCGUAGGCCAAAACGUACAAGGAGGCAAUACUGUAAUAAUUCGUUUGAAUGCUGGUGAUUCAGUGUGGGUGUCUUGUGGCUCAGCAGGAAAUAACAUUGAAGGAUAUGGCCGACUGAGAACAAGUACAUUUUCCGGUUACUUUCUAUAUGCUUAAUUGAAACUAGGUUACAGUGAGAACAAGCAUAUUCUAUGGUUAACUUUCAUCUGCGUUAUCUAUAAUAUUAUGCGAGGAGAAUUCUUUUGUCCCGGGUGUCUGAUACAUAUACUGUAAUGUCAUUAAUAUUCAUGGAUUUUACAUAAUGCUUUAUUUCAUAUUUAAUCAUGACACAUUAUAAAUAUAUCCAAGAUAUUUGAGUUUCAGCUUAAUUAUGAACAUAUGUAAUAGCUAUAACAUUUGUCAUUGUCUUGUUUCGGUUUCAAAUAUGUAUCUGACUGUAUAGAUAUUAUCACUAGA